CUCUCUCCAUCGCUCGAACACCAUCUUCUUUGCACAGAAAGAUUUUGAUUCCCCAAUUCAUUUUCAUUUUCCCUUGAAGAUUUUUGGUUCCUGUCCAUUAAUUUUUUCACAGUAAUAACCCCAAAUUACAGAGGAACAAUCUUUUCCGGUCUAUACGAAGUGAAGGUUUAAGUGCAAAGAGAGCGGUAGUAGUAGGCUGCUCCUGCUGGGCCCCAUGUCGAAUUCAGAGGGUGCCACUACAAACGGAGCAACGGCGCCGCCGACCAAUGGUUCCGUCUCCGUUAAAAAGCCUCCCACCAAGGACCGUCACAGCAAAGUCGAUGGUCGUGGAAGGAGGAUCAGGAUGCCCAUCAUUUGUGCCGCUCGUGUCUUUCAGUUGACUCGAGAGUUGGGUCAUAAAUCCGACGGUCAGACCAUCGAGUGGCUGUUGCGUCAGGCCGAGCCUUCUAUCAUUGCCGCCACCGGCACCGGGACCACUCCCGCCAGCUUCUCCUCCUUGUCCGUUUCCGUCGGCGGCGGGUCUAAUUCCACUCCCUUGUCGUCGACCACCUCUUCGUCCGCUUCGGAUCAUAAGCCUUUACUGGGCCCCACCCCUUUUAUACUCGGGAAACGCGUCAGGUCCGAAGACGAUAACUCCGAGAAGGACGAUUCCGGUGGACUCACUGUUGGAUCGGGGUUGGGGUCCAUCGUGGGACCCGCGGGGACGCAUACAUGCGGGUUCUGGGCUCUUCCGACGAGACACGACUUUGGUCAAUUGUGGAGCUUCGCGCCUCCGCCGGAUACGGUAGUGCAGGCGGCUGCUCAGCAACAUGGUACUGCUGCAGCUGCUCCGUUGUUCGUUCAGCAACUGCAAGCGACGGGAGAAGCAUCGGCGGCGAGGGUCGGCAAUUAUAUUCCCGGUCACCUAAAUUUACUAGCCUCGCUGUCCGGUGCUCCGGGAGGAUCGGGUCGGAGAGACGAGGAUCCGCGUUGAAUUUUGGUGGCCCAUUUCACCCCUAUUGUUUGUUGGGAGUAUAUAUAUAUAUUUGUGCAUGGUUGUUGCUUUUGUUGCGUGAAUGUUAAA